AUGGAUCUGGAAAUCGUCAAAUCCCUCGGAUGUAUUGUACUCAGAGGCAAUUGCAUCCACGAAAUUGCCAAAAGUUCACCUUCGUCUUCUCCACAAAAGCCAAAACUUCCAUACCAUGUCACGGUGAUCACAAAAGCCGAAAUCCAGCAUUUCGACGAUGAACGAAAGACUGAAGUCGAGCAAUUUCUCAAUGAGUCUCCGAGUCUGACACCACCAGUCGAUCUAGGAGUUGGGACACAAGGUUCCGUCGCAUUCAAUGUGCUAUUCUGGCCACAUGGAGACAAAAUCAGAGCUCUAUUCGGACUACCUCGAAAGGACUUCCACGUCACCCUGUCACCAACAGACAACCACGACAUCGACAAAGGCGUCACCGCUAUAUCUCGUUGUAAGGCUCUGACUGUAGAGCAGCUUGACCAGAUCAUCUCAAAUUGCUUUACACUAGCAACAGGUCCUUCCGACACUCGAAAACAUGCACUGGAAGUUUUCGCCAUUGAAUAUCUCGAGUCAUAUCCCAACAGUAUCGCCGCUAUCCUGCGCGUGGCUCACGGUUAUGAAAUGCCGCAGCAAGCAAAACAAGCUAUGUUCAUGUUUGCUCAUGCAGUGCAUCUGUUGCCAAAUGGUGAAUCCGCCAUCAAGACACGCUGCAUCGAGGCCUUAGUCGGAUGUUCGAGGUACACUGAAUUUGGUCCUUUCUUCCUCGACCACGAAGUUGAAGAUUGGAAGAACAACCGAAUUCUCUACUCUACGUAUGGGGACGCGUUCCAGGACCCUCAAGUACGAUGUCUUGUCAAGGGAAACGUCAGUAGUAGCAUGGCUGAUACUGACUCGGCCCUGGUCCUGCCCUCUGUGGCUUCCAAUCAAGACGUGUUUACGCCGAUGAGGGGAGAGCUUUACAGGCUGCCGAGGUUCUUUCGUUGGUUGGCACCCUUCCGACUCGCUGUCAUGAGUACACCGCGCUCUGGUGAAGAUAUCCAAACACUGAUAGCUCUGGGCAUCACACUAGUCGUCACACUGACAGAAGAAGAACCACUCCCCGCGGAAUGGUUCAUAGAUACACCUUGCCGAAACUUGUUCUUACCAGUACGCAACUACCAAGCCCCUACGAACAAGCAAGUCGACACAUUCAUCCAGUGCAUGGAUGACCUAUCGACUGAAGAAGCCGCUCUGGUUCAUUGCGGAGGUGGGAAAGGCCGUGCUGGCACUUUCGCUGCAUGCUACCUCAUGGCUAGAGGAUAUGAUGACACCCCUCCCGAAAGAUACAACGGCGAAGAACGUCUCCGUAUGUACCCCGGAGACGCUAUGAAGCUCUUACGCCACCUGCGACCUGGCAGUAUUGAGACAACCAAACAGGAGACAUUUGUCAGAGACUAUGCUCAGUACCUCAUAAGCGGUCAGAAAGGAGUCACUCCUGCAGAAGCUUUACCACUCGAGCCAGAGAGUCCACUUGAACUCGACGGAAAUCUGCCUAAAUCUCCUUCCUUGAUUAUAUGCUGCGGUGUACCUGGUUCGGGCAAGAGCACUUUUGCAUCACAGCUUGCAACUCUGGGUUAUACCAUCAUAUCUCAGGACGAAUUGGGUAGCAAGACUGCCUGUCUCAAUGCUCUAUCCAACAAGCUCGAGAGUGGGGGAAAAGUGAUUAUGGACAGAUGCAAUCCCUACAUUGAAGACAGAGAACAAUGGCUGGCACAUGCAUUCCAUCCAAACAAUGCUCUAUGUGUCUGGUUUGACAUCAACCCAGAGAUCUGUACCAGAAGAGCAGACGCUCGGACAAACCACCCGACUAUCCCAGCAGGAAGAGCAAAAAGAAUCGUUCACUCAUUCGUCAAGACAUUUGUUCCACCGACCAGCAAAGAAAAGUUCGCUUGUAUCGCUAGAGUCUCAUCCAAUGUUGCCGCAUCUGACCUCCUAUCGAGACUCGGGAGACCGUUCGUCCACAAAUUUCCUCGGACACGGCACCUCUUCAAUAUCGGCUCUGCGUCGCGAGAUGACCUGAUCCUCUCCUCUUCUGACGCUAAAGCAUUCCUCCAAUCCAUCGACCCCUCUACAACAGUUGUUGUCGAGGAGAAGGUAGACGGCGCGAAUCUGGGCAUCAGUCUUGACUCCUGUGGCGCCUUCAAAGUGCAAAACAGGUCGCACUACGUCAACAGCAAAUCACAUGCACAGUUCAAAAAGCUGGAUAAGUGGUUGGAAGAUCACUAUGAAGACUUGAGCACUGUACUAGAUGUGAAAAGCAGUCAACCUGGCAGAUGGAUACUCUAUGGCGAAUGGUUGUUCGCGAAGCACUCCAUUCAUUACAGCAAUCUCCCAGAUUUGUUCCUCGCAUUUGACCUCUUGGAUACCAAGACAAGCAGUUUUCUAAGCAGAGAAGCAUUGAGUGAGAGACUCAAAGGUACGAAGCUACAUCAAGUCAAGGAUAUCGAGGUAGAAAAGCCAGACGAGCAAUCACUGCUUGACAUUGUGCGUGGACGCCAGUCAAUCUAUUACGAAGGUGUCGUAGAAGGAGUUUACCUUCGCAGACAGAAAGAUGGCAAGACCAUCGACCGAGCCAAGAUUGUUCGGUCUGGUUUUAUUGCAGGAGACGAACAUUGGAAUCGCAGAGGUGUGACGCCGAAUAUCGUGAUGACAUACCGCUGA